CUGCUUCCCUAUCCAACAGUCUCUCGAUUACUUCCCUAUCGCAAUGUCGAUCGUCCCAGGUGGCAGCACUAGCAACUGAGCUCCGCUGCGGCUGAGGCUGCAGACGCCGAGCGCCGCGGGCGGCCGGAGCGGCGAGAGCUCGGGCAGGCGCGGGGCGGGAUCUGGCCCGCGGCGCUAGCCGAAGCCACCGGCCGGCCAGUGGCCCGGGUUGCUCGGGUCGGGUGCGAUUUGGCGGCGGCGACGACGGCAGCCGGCCGGUACCUCGACCCGUCGUUUUCCUCUCGACGAACGCCUACCUAUCUCCCCAAUGGAGGCGGUGAGCGCUUCCAUGGGGGUGAUGGCGCCUCUCCUCACCAAGCUAGCCACGCUGCUCGGUGACAAGUGCUACAAACUCAAGGGAGUGCGCAAGGACAUCGAGUUCCUCAGGUCUUAGUUGGCCGAAAUGAAUGUUGUGCUGGAGAAGCUUGCAGAUAUGGAGCGGCUGGAUGGCCAGCAGAAGCUGUGGAGGGACAAUGUCCGCGAGAUGGCGUAUGACAUUGAGGACUGCAUUGAUGUGUUCAUGUAUCAUCUUGGUGAUGGCCAUAACAAGGAUGGGUUGCUCCAGAAGACUGCACGAAAGAUCAGGAAGCUGCGCGUUCGGUAUCAGAUCGCAAACAAGAUCCAAGAACUCAAGGCCCGUGUCAUGGAGGUGGCUCAACGCCGUAGCAGGUAUAUCGGUCUAGGUGAGGCUACGACCUCUUGUCCUAAGGUGGUGGAAAUCGAUCCUCGGCUGCCUGCGCUGUAUGAAGCGGCUAAAAAUCUUGUAGGCAUUGAUGGUCCACGGGAAGAAAUUUCCCGGUGGCUCACGGAAGAAGGACAGAGUGGUCCAACCCAACAACUCAAAGUUGUAUCUAUCGUUGGCUUUGGAGGCCUUGGCAAGACAACUCUUGCUAACCAAGUGUACAAGCAAGUGAAGGACAAGUUUAAUUGCACAUCAUUCUUGUCAGUGUCCAAAAAUCCCGACGUGUUGAAGCUUCUGAAAAAUCUACUUUUAGAAGUUCAAAAAAAAGAGAUUAUAAUCAAGAGCUCAUUGACACCCUCGGAGUUCACAAAAUUUCCAGAUGAUAAUCAAAAGCUCAUUGACACUCUCAGAGAACACCUUGCUAACAAGAGGUAUCUUAUUGUAAUUGAUGACAUAUGGAGCACCAAGAUAUGGAACAAUAUCCAGUGUGCUUUUGUUCAGAAUAAUUAUGGUAGCCGAGUUAUAAUUACAACACGAAUCGAAGAUGUAGCUACAAAGUGCAGCUUUGAUUUCUAUGGUAUGGUGUACAAGAUGCAACCACUUGAUGAGGUUAACUCACGAUCGUUAUUUUUCAAAAGGCUAUUUGCUUCCGAGGAUGGUUUUACUGAGCAAUAAUAUAGAAAAAUAUCAGAAGACAUGUUAAGAAAAUGCAAAGGGGUGCCAUUAGCAAUCAUUAGCAUUGCUAGCCUUUUGGCUAGUCAUGGCAUGAAUGUGGAAAGGUGGGAGAAAGUACAGAACUAUCUGGGCUACGAGUUGGAAACAAAUCCUACUCUAGAAUGGAUGAGACAUGUACUGAAUCUGAGUUAUAGUGAUGUCCCACAUGAUCUUCGGGCAUGCUUCUUGUACCUUGGAAUAUAUCCGGAGGACUCUAAAAUUUUCAAGGUUGAUUUAACAAGACUAUGGAUAGCUGAAGGAUUUGUUGAGGAAAAAGCUGGUUUAGAUCUGGAGGAAGCUGCUGACAGCUAUUUUAACGAACUUAUUAACAGGAGUUUGAUUGAACCAAAUAAUAAUCGUCUCGGUGAGGUUGUAUCAUGUCGAGUCCAUGACCUUAUGCUUGAUAUUAUUUUAUCGAAGUGCCAGCAGGAAAACUUCAUCACUGUGGCAACUAAGCAGUCCAUAUUGAAUGAUAGAGGGUUUCCAGUUCGUCGGUUAUGCUGUCAGUUGUCCUAUGAAAAUUUGGAGAUGGAAAGGAUGGAAGUAUCACAAGUUAGGUCCUUCAUUACUUUCCCGGUGCGUGGCUGCAGUACACAGCCUCCUAUUUCAAAGUUUGAACAUUUGCGGGUAUUGAAACUUGUGGCCUAUGUGGCACCUACGCUCCUUGAUUUGUCUGCUGUAAGUAAUCUCUUCCUGUUGAAACACUUGAGGAUCAGAGGGUUCCAGUUGAUAAUGCCUCAGAAAAUUGGGAGACUCCAGUGUUUGAGGACGCUAGAUCUACUAUGCAGCCUUUUGGUGACUGGUAUUCCAUCAGAUGUUAUUUCUCUAUCAUCGCUGCGCCAUCUCACAGUUUCGGACGUUUUACAGCUGCCUAAUUGGAUUGGCAAACUGGUCUCUCUACAGACUCUGUUUACCUUUGAUGUCGGCACGAUGCAUUUUCAAGAUACUGUCAGCGUGGGGGCUGGUGAUGAUGUCAGCACGAUGCAUUUUCGAGAUACUGUCAGCGUGAGGCCUGGUGACGAUGAACCGAUAUUAACCAAGCUAGACAAGCCUAAGUUUGUGCUUGAUCAGGAACGACGUGACAUCAUUGAUAGAAUUAAGAUGUCGGCACGUGUCAUCCGGGCAGCCCUACAGUUCAAAGGUGAUAACUCGUUUGAGAACUUCUGCUCCACCUAUCUGGGUGAUUAUUCGCCGGGCAUUCUGGAUGGUGCACAGACUCAUCAUCCGGAAAAGCAUCCACACUGUCCCGGAGUGGAUGGAGCAGUGCGACAAGCUCACAAUGUUAGAGAUUCGUGUCAAGCAGCUCCAGAGCACCGGCGUCCAUGUUCUAUCCAAUCUGCCCUGCCUCAUCGAUCUUGACUUGACUGCGCAAGCAACCCCUGAGGACGACAUCGAGAUUUAUACCCACAGAUUUCCAAAACUAGAGAAAUUUAUUCUAGCAUGUGAUUUUUUGCCAUGCCUGAAGUUUUGUAUAGGGGCAAUGCCACAGCUUCAGACUCUGAAGCUAGAUGACAGGAGGCCUGCUCAGCUCGAACAAGGGUGCAGCUCCAGCAGUGGAGCAGCGGCAGCACAAUAUGGCAGUAGUCCACUUGUUGGCAUCGAGCACCUACUAAAGCUUGAAGAGGUUGAAGUGACAGCCAACUCCAGCAAGGUGUCUGCAUACAGGGACGCUGUCCAAAGGCAUCCAAGGAUUCAAGACAUACAUGUCACGUUUAAUACCCAUGAUGGAAGUGCAAGGACUCCGAAAUAGCGCUGCAAGGGAAAAAUAUUGAGAGAAUAUUAGCUUGAUUGUCCCCAUAGCUGGAAGAAUUCUAAGACAGGAAUCACGACAUUGUCUUGUUUGCACAAGAUAAGCAUCACGGAUAGUACUAUUACUGUUGUGGCAUGUUUUGAAGAGCUUGUAUUAUGUAAUCAGAUUCAGUCCUGUCUAAGUAACGCGUGUUGCUUAUAUUUUUAAGUCCUACGUAGCAUGGUUUGUAAUACUUUCUAUUUUUUAAUAUAUGACGUCGUUAACUUUUUUGACAAA